GGGAGGAGGGCAAUGAAAUCACAACAGACUUAAAAGCCACUUGCUCCAGGCCUAACACCACCACCCAGCCCUCCCCUCUAAUUACCCCUGGCCUCCAGGAAGCUUUCAAAGUUACCACAUUCCUGGCAACUGUCCAGUGCCUGAGGGCAACACAGGGUGUGGGAAGGAUGACCCAGACCCUGCCUGGGAAGCAAAAGAGAAGAAAAUUCUGGUUUAAGCUCUCUUCGGAAACAGAAAGUACUAGAAGUGGGACCCUGAGGGGAUGCAGGGGACCCGGUAGCUGCAGCUAUGUGUCCAAAUCCCUCCUCUCACCUCUCCUGCUGAGUGCCCUUGGGCUUAACCACGUUAACGCCAACUCCAAGCCAUUCUCCUUGGCAGGAUGAGAGUGGCAGGUCUCAUUCGCAUCGUGGCCUUCAUCUUCACCCUGGUUGCCCUGUGGGUCUUUCUCCGCAGCUACAUCAGUUUCAGCAGGAAAACCAUUCGUCUGCCGCGCUGGCUGGGGGUGCCCUCCAAGGAGAUCCGUACCCCGAAGACCAAGUGUGGGCUCAGCAAGCCCUGCCUAGACAACUUCUUCGCAUUUAAAAUCAGCAGUGGGGCUGCCAAUGUCGUGGGCCCCUCUAUGUGCUUUGAAAAUGAAAUUAUCAUGAGUCCAGUGAGAAACAACGUGGGUAGAGGCCUGAACAUUGCUCUGGUGAAUGGAACUACAGGACAGGUGCUGAGAAAGGGCAGCUUUGACAUGUACUCUGGAGAACCCAAACUCCUGAUGAACUUCCUUGAAGAAAUUCCAGAUAGCACACUGGUGCUGGUGGCCUCCUAUGAUGACCCAGGCACCAAAAUGAAUGACAAAAUCAGGAUGAUCUUCUCCAACAUGGGGAGUUCCUAUGCAAAUCAGCUGGGCUUCCGGGACAGCUGGGUCUUCUUAGGUGCCAAAGACCUCAAGAAUAAAAGCCCCUUUGAGCAGUUCUUAAAGAACAAUCCAGAAACAAACAAAUAUGAAGGAUGGCCGGAGUUACUAGAGCUGGAGGGUUGUGUGCCACGGAAGGUAUUUUAGGGUGGCCAUGGCCCUUCUGAGCCAGGGAGCCAAAGAAAUGCCCAACUGACCUGAGAGCAGAGCCCAGGAUUGCUGGAUUUGUGCUGAUAGGAGCUGACUAGGAGGAAGAAAGGGAGAAGCCAUAUGAGAUGUGCUGACCAUCCUCCCACUCAAUGUGACUUACUUCCUCUCUGAGGAAACAACAGCCUCCCAGUACCCCACAAGGACCAGCUUGGAGAUGGGCAGCUGCACAGGGCCUGUGGAACCAGCUGUGAGUGAAACAAGUGAGACCUUCCAAGACUGUCUGUGGUUGUUUCCAGAAGGACUGGCUGCCUCCACUUGAGCAGGAUUAAAUUCUAUUUUUGCUGAAUUUGAA